AUGUCCGAUAACUGGUCUGAGGUUGAGCACGCCUCCGAUUCCCGGGCAACAUCUCCAAGCCGAGAUCCGCGGUGGUACCUAGAGGAAGAUAAUGUUGAGAUCCAGGCUGGAUCUACACUGUUCAGGGUCCCUAGUUACGCGCUGUACCGAGCAUCGGAAGUGUUCCGCACACUAAGCGACACGCGCUCAAAAAUCGCAGGCGAAUCGCUGCCCCCGAUCACGGUGCCCAAUGACAUCGCAGCGGAGGACCUGAGAUGCUUCCUGGAGAUUUUACACCCCAUGCCUCCCGUCUUCGGUGUUUACCCCCUUCAAUCUUCGGCGGAAUGGAUCUCUGUUCUCCACCUGGCGCAUUUCUUCCAGCUCGAAUCUGUCAAAACCCUCGCCAUUAAGCAACUCGAUGCGACCGCGUGCGCUGUAGACAAGAUCAUCUGUGCUAUGAAGUACGGCGUGGAGCGCUGGCUGCCGGCGACGUACGUGGAUGCUUGCGCCAGCCCUGAUCCGCCCACGCGCGAGGAGGCUGAUCGCCUGGGUAUGGACACCUACUGGCGAAUCAUGACCGCACGAGAUAAGGCCCGCCGCCUCGUGCACAACGCGCGCCGGAAGAUGGAGGAAAUCGUCGAAGCUGUUUUCAACCUCGAAGCCGGUCCCGCGUCGCUCCGGGCCAAAGAGAUGGCCGCAGCCGCCAUCUCAGAGACAUCUUCGUCUCCGGAGACCACAAAUAGCCCUGGUGGAGGCUCUGGGUCCUCCGAAACGAUGGAUGCGCGGGAUGUCCCUCCCGUCGGCUCGCAGGUUUCGGUGACUCCGACUUCUAUAAUCACCUCGCUCGGGAUUGAGAAAUUGGUGUCACCCGCAUGCCUCUCGAGCGCGACCACACCAUCACCUAUUCCGGCAGUUGCGGAUGAUGGAUUGGCGCUGCAAGACGGCACGUUGAGCCGCGAUAGGAGCGCGAAAGGCAAGCGCGGUAAAGGUAAACCUCCGGCACGAUCAUCUUGGAUCUUUGCGGAGCCUGACCCCGAGCCCACGGAUCCCGCUACUAUUCCCCGACGUGGGACCUCGAGGGCUAUGUCUAUGGAGCGGAAUCGUGUGGGAGAGGGAGAUGGAAAGAUAGUAAAUGAGACGGAGUCGUUUUGA